AAUGGCGCCCUUGCAAACUAUUGAUAAUGCUUGGACAGAUGUUUUAAUAUCAUAAAAAGGGCGUUUCAUGAAAGAAAAAUAGACAGCUGAAUGUCACAGCCCUGCUGUUUUCAUUGGAUUAGAGUUGAUUUAGCUGAAAGAUAGAGCUUCUUUGAAUCAGACAUCCCUACGGCACGGUACCUUGGGACAAGUUUUUCAGGAUGGGUAAAGUAGUCGCAGUAGCAGAAGAAAAGAAUCCUCGUUCAGCUGUGCAGGAGAAACCAAGCUUGUGGAAUAAGUUCUUGAUGUUUAUGCUGUCACCAGCUGAUCCAUCCAAUCUUGCUGUGUUGAGAAUUGCAUUUGGAUUGCUCAUGAUGGUUGACAUUCCUCAAGAGCGCAGCAUGUUAUUCAUUGAGGCACACUUUGGAGGAGACACCUGCCACUUUCCACUGUUCAACUUCAUCAGACCUCUACCAGUUGACUGGAUGCAUGUUGUUUACCUUAUUAUGUUCCUUGGAGCUUGUGGAAUUUUCUUGGGAUUUAUGUUUCGUUUAAGCUGCUUGUCCUUCUUGAUAACCUACUGGUAUAUAUUCCUGCUAGAGAAGUCGCGUUGGAAUAACCAUUCUUAUCUGUAUGGAUUAUUUUCAGUGAUGCUUCUGCUAAGCAAUGCUAACUGUUACUGGUCUGUGGAUGGGAUUUUAAAUCCCACGAUAAAGAAUUCCCAUGUUCCAAAGUGGAACUAUGUUUUGCUGCGUUUUCAGGUGUUUCUGGUGUAUUUUUACGCUGGUUUGAAGAAAAUUGACAUGGAUUGGAUGACUGGGUAUUCUAUGACAGGUCUCUCACGCCAAUGGGUGUUUGAUCCAUUCCGUUCUUUCCUUGAUGAUGAAGCUAUUGACCUUUACCUUGUCCAUCUCGGAGGACUGUUCUUUGACUUGUUCGAAGGCUUUCUUCUAAUUUUCGACAAGACACGCCCCAUUGGAAUCUUCUUUGGAGCCAUGUUCCAUGGAAUGAACUCUCAGAUGUUUCACAUUGGUAUGUUUUCAUACACCAUGUUGGCCACUUUGUUCUUGUUUUGUGCUUAUGACUGGCCCAAGAAGCUCUUUUCGUGCAUGCCCACCUUCAUGAACAUGAUUUUACCUUCAAAAGAAGAACCUCAAGUUAGUGCACAUUGUGUGUAUCAGGAAUCAGUCAAAGGUACAGCGAACGGCAAAGAACAAAGCAGUGAACAGAAGCCUUCAAAGAAAAGCAAAACGGCAACAUUUAAACAGAAGGCGUUUGUGCUCAUCACUCUUGUUUAUAUUGGAGUCCAGCUCUUUCUUCCAUAUUCACACUUUGUUACAAAGGGUUACAAUGCAUGGACCCAGGGACUGUAUGGAUAUUCAUGGGACAUGAUGGUGCAUUCCUGGAGCACUCAACAUGUCAGGGUCAAAGUAGUGGACCAGGUGUCUGGAGAGGUCACCUAUAUAAGGCCCUCGGCGUGGUUAAGGGAACAGCGCCAGUCACGCUGGAACUCACACCCAGACAUGAUCAAACAAUACAUGACAUGUAUGACUGAGAAACUGACGGCUCACCAAGAUCUGAACAUCACCAAACCUGCCAUUUAUCUAGACGUGUGGCGCUCAAUGAACAGACGCUUCCAACAGCGCAUGGUGGAUCCAAACGUGGACAUGGUCACGGCACCGUGGUCACCGUUUAAACAGACGCCCUGGAUACAGCCCCUGCUGACUGAACUAUCUCCAUGGCGGGAGAAGUUGGUUCAGAUCAGGAAAGAGCUGAAGGAAAAGUCAAACUUCAGUGAAAUUACCUUUGUGGCGGACUUUCCUGGUCUUCUUUUGGAGAAUUUUGUGGACGAGGAGCUGAACACAUCAUUGACUCUGCUGCACGGUCAAGUAAAGGUGGAGUUUAACAAAACAAACCAUACAGUGGAAGUAGGCGGAGAGAUCUCCAUUCCGUCCAAUGACACACACGUGGUGUACACGGUGUCUGAAACGCCCUCGUGUUGGAUGUACAUAUUCACUAACACGACCGAGUGGAACAACGAGACUUUAAGGAACUGGAUUCUACAUCCGGAAACGUCUCCUUCCCAGCAGAAGAAAAUGGCUCUCAAAAACUUAACCGUGUUGGAAAACUUUCGAUUAUUUACUUUAGACAAGUUCUUCGUCUUUCGCCAAACCUUUUUGAAUACGUAUUAUGCUCUGGUCCAUUUGACUUUUGGGAUCGAGUCCGAGUAUUAUGACGAAGAGGAUGACGGGAAUUCAAGCGAGCAGGAGACUGGGCAUAAAGGAGAUCAGGACGAGACUCCAUCCAAGGAUGAUGACACAAGUUAUGUGGGGGACAGUGGAGAACCACAUGAUCAAGGAGCCGAACACAAAGAGAGUUCACAAAGAAAAGAACAGCAGAAACAAGAGUUAUGAAAUAUUUGCUUUAGACUUUUGGUUUUUUAGAUUUUGGUUUUACGUUUGAAAUGAGUUAAGACAGAAGCAAGUAACUUCAUAUGCUUCUGUUUAUUUAAACAGUUGGCUUAAAGAGGGAUAAAUUAGUUAACCAUAUCCAUAAAACGUGAUCAAAAUCUAGUUUUGGAGAGGAUAAAAUGUUCUGAGGUAGUUCUCUUUGAAUUCAGAAAUUUUCCCUUGAAUUGAUUCCUCUCUGAGGUUUUGGUUGAUUUUGUUGGUAACCAGUUUACUUUCUCUUGGAGAACAUGAAAAUAUAUUUUGAUUGUAAUGCC